AUGGCCGAAGUCGCAACUCCUCAAUUGAAUGGAAUCCCUCAUGUCAAUGGGGACACCCACACGAACGGCAAGGCCCAUGAAAAUCGCCAUGCUCAUACGGACGGUGCUUCCAAGGAAGCCUUCGUCGAUGGCAACGUGGCAAUCUCCGCAAACACACCUGAGCUAGUUCCCGGUCUAGUUGAGCAAGUUGCUUGCCUUGGUAAGAUUGCCAGCUUGCAAAACCACAAGGAACGUUCAGCGCUUUUGGACGCUGCUCGAUCCCUUGUGUAUGCACUUGAGACACCCCGGGAGGCCAUGAUUAGAUACUGUUGGUCACAGUCAACGCUGUAUGCCGCUGUUGAGACCGGGGUUGACCUGGGUCUCUUUGCUAUCCUGUCCAAGGAUGAGAAGCCCAAGACUGCUGCAGAGCUAGCAAAUGCCACAGGUGCUGAUCCAGUCCUCCUUGCUCGUAUCCUGAAGCACCUGUGCGCAAUGGGAGUUAUCCUCGAGACCGGCCCCAGCGAAUACCGCCGUACAGGCCUCUCGCUUUCGCUCUCUAUGCAAAGAUACAGUGAUGCGUAUCCCUGCAUGACAAACUGUAUCACCGCCGGAGUCCUUGCCCUACCUGCCCAACUAAAGAAAGACGGCUACAAAAACCCAUCCAACGGCAAAGAAUGCUCCUUCCAGCGCGGAUUCCAAACAGACCUUCACUUCUUCGAGUUUAUGAAGGAGAACCCAGAAGCUGCGAGCCAGUUCAACAACCACAUGACAGCCUACCACCAGGGCCGUCCUAGCUGGAUGGAUGUGGGAUUCUACGAUGUGGAAAGCCUAUUUUCCAAUGUUUGCCAGGACGAUGUGCUCCUAGUUGAUGUUGGUGGUAGUAUGGGUCAUGAUCUCUCCGAGUUCAGACGCAAAUGGUCUGGUGCCCCUGGCCGCUUGGUGCUUCAGGAUCUUCCUGAUGUUGUCGCUCAAGCGAGGACUAUGCAGCUGAAUCCCUCUAUCGAGGUGAUGGAGCAUGAUUUCUUUACUGAGCAGCCUAUCAAAGGUGCUCGGGCAUACUACAUGCACUCCGUUCUGCAUGACUGGACCGACGAUAAUUGUCGCGAAAUUUUGAAGAACCUUGUGGGUGCCAUGAAGCCCGGACACAGCAAGGUGUUGAUCAACGAGAACGUCAUCCCGGAUACUAACGCGUACUGGGAAACCACCAGUCUGGAUAUCAUCAUGAUGGCUGAUUUCGCUUCCACAGAGCGGACUGAAGGCCACUGGCACAAGCUUGUUGAGUCGGCUGGGUUGAAGAUUACGAAGAUUUGGACUGCUCAGAGAGGAGUUGAGAGUCUUAUUGAGUGUGAAUUGGCUUAG